GGCUCACUUUGCCCGCCCACUCCCCUAAUUUUAGUUUGAAACUAGAAUAGCCGAGCCAAGAAAUAGUUAAUCCAGGGCUGCUUCUAUGAUUGGCCGCUGUACACAGUGCUUGAGCCACCUUGAAUGAGAAACAGUGGUAACUAGGCAACUUCAGCAGCGGUAAAAUAAUUUUAAAAAGAAGAUAAAAAAGAAGAUAUGUCCACGAAACACUGAAAUUGUAAAAUUGUCGAAAAAUGAGAGGCGACACAAUGUGAUUUGCGUGGCCAGCACAUGGAAUUAACGAAUGGAUUUUUUCUCUCUCUAAGAAGGGAAAACAGAACGCACAAAUGAACGGGAACCUGAUUUGGAUUAAAACGGUUAAACUGGAAAUUUCAGCAUAGUUGACAUAUGAAAGGUGCUAAUCGAGGGAGGGACAGAGGUGUACAACAGAAGGACAGUCUCUGAAGUAUCCUACCAGAGAGGAAUACCAGUACUCAACCUGGACUAAAGAAUAAUACAGUACAACAACAACCCAUGUGUUCCCUUUGGAAGGAAGAAUUCACCAAUCACUAGGUGGGAUCUGCACUAAAGAGCAAUAGAGGGACCAUGUAAUACUUGACCUUAUCAUCUAGCCACCAUGUUAGAACUAGUCUGAAGCAUUCAGAAGGACCGCCACAACAUCUACCCUUCAUCAGCUCAGAGAGAAGACUCUGAGGAUACUACCAGGAUGGGUCCACAUUGAAGGAGAUCAGAACCCCUGGAUCUCUUCACCAAAGAGGAAUAACACCAGACUUCUCACCAUGGACUUGGAGGAAAGCUCCGUCCUAGACCUGGAGUAGGGGACAGUGGGGUUGUGGGCAGUCCAUAGGAGGUAGGGUGUGUGUGAUAACCAUCCUGGAGUAGGGGAUAGGGGACUAGUCCAUAGGAGGUAGGGUGUGUGUGAUAACCAUCCUGGAGUAGGGGAUAGGGGACUAGUCCAUAGGAGGUAGCAGAGGAGUGAUAACCCCAUGGUGGAUCUGCUGUGAGGAGUACUGAGGACAGGAAGGACCCAGGAGGAUGUCAUCAGCCGGAGGAGAGUCAGCCAGCUCGGAGCUCCAAGCAGGUGUCAAAACCAGCACGCUGAGACGGGAGUCCAGGAGGACUAAAGGUCAGGACCGCAGUGAGACGGGGCUGAUUAAGCGUUUCCGUGGUGAUGGCGUGCGCUACAAGGCCAAGCUGAUCGGGACUGAUGAGGUGACAGCGGCACGCGGGGACAAGCUGUGCCAAGACUCCAUGAUGAAACUCAAGGGAAUGGCUUCGUCAGCGCGUUCCAAAGGAGAGCACAAGCAGAGAGUCUUCCUCACCAUCUCCUUUGGAGGGAUCAAGAUUUACGACGAGAGAUCAGGGGUUCUGCUGCAUCACCACUCAGUGCAUGAGAUCUCCUAUAUCGCCAAGGAUACCCGGGACCACCGGGCCUUCGGCUACGUCUGUGGGAAGGAGGGACACCACAGGUUCGUGGCCAUCAAGUCUGGCCAGUCGGCGGAGCCACUGAUCAUUGACCUGCAUGACCUCUUCACGCUCAUCUAUGACAUCAAGCAGCGAGAGGAGAUGGAGAAGAAGUUCCAGAAGGACAAGCAGUGUGAGCAGGCCGUCUACCAGACCAUUCUGGAGGACGAGGUGGAUGAUCCAGUUUACCAGUACAUUGUGUUUGAGGCUGGACAUGAGCCCCUCCAUGGCCACCAAUCAGAGGAGAGCGUUUACCAGGUCCCUACCGCUACCAGUCAGCAGAAGGGAGAAGGGAUCUAUGACGUCCCAAAACGCCAUUUUAUGACUAACAUCAACCAUUUUGAUAUUUUCGGAGACAUGUCCACUCCACCCUCGAUGCCCCCGUCCCCGGCCAACACUUUGGACCCCAGCAGGAGCCACCGCCAACCCCAGCACCAGCACCAGCAACCCCCAGAGGUGUUCACCGGUCCCUUCAGCCCCACCUCUGUCCCCUCAGGGUACAUGACCAUGGGGCCAGUCCAGGCAGCCCAGUGGGCACAGCAGGGACCCUUCGCUGGCCAGACCCAGACCCUGGCCUUCGGGGUGCAGGGGCCCCUCCAGGUGACCCAGGUCCUCCCGGGGGGCCAGCCCGUCAUCUGGAGCCAGGCCAACAUCUUCCCCACCACCCAGCAGCAGUGGGCCGCCAUGGCUGCCUACAUGCCGGCCCAAGCCGUGGGCAUGGGGGGUCACCACCUCCCCAUGAUGGUGCCCAUCACCACUGUGUGCCCCGGCCCCCAGGGCCCACAUUGCGACCUCUCCUCCACCCCCUCCUCGGCCAUCACCAGCCCCCAGCACCAUGCGAUGGACCCUGCCCUGCUCCAGCAGCUCCAGCAGCAGCACAGCCUCGGUGGGGACUCUGACGCAGGAGAAGGCCCCUCUUCGCUGGGCCUUGUCAUGGUGGGCAGCAGGUGUGGAACACCCGGGCCGAUGAGUCCCACUUCAAUGGGUCUGGGUGCUGUGGGCAGGUGUGAGACGCCAGUUAGCCUUGUCAUGAUGGCGAGGUGUGAGACGCACGGCCCUGUUCCAGUGAAUGUGCCUCCUGACACCCUGGUCUGUAGCCAGCUGUGCCUGGGGUCACCGCCGGCUGUGAUGUCACCAUCGGACUCGACCCAAGAAGAGGAAGGCAGCUAUAGUGACCUUGACCUCUCUCGGAUGACCUUGAGUCCAGGCACGUCAACCUCACCCUCCACUGACUCAGCAUCCACCCCAGCCCCCCAGCCUGGCUCGUCCUCAGACUCCGCCCCGACCCAGACCAGUGACCCCCCCACAGACCACUCUCCCAUCGAAAGAGAGGCCACACCCCGCAGCACCAGGGAGGAUGACUCGGGCUCAUGCGCCAGGGCUCUGUCUCCCUGUCUAGCCGGUGAUGCUCCAGCUGAUUCUCCCCAGGCCCAGAUCUGUCCACAGGAAGACACUGAAUGCUCGGUCUGUGGGGAUUCAGGUCGCCAUGCACCCAGUGGACUGUGUCCAAUCAGAGUGGACCGCCUGGACGCGCUGCGACGGCUGCAGGAAGAAGAGGAGGACACAGUGAAAUGCAGCAUGGUGGAGGACUUUGUCUCUGUGGUUAGAGGGGGUGACAGUGAGUCCAUCACCUCGCUGGCUGCCAAGAAGCUGCCCACGCCACAACUGAUGAGACGGUGGGGAGAAGCUGUGCAUUACAACCCUGACUUCCUCCGCAGCAAGAUGCGACCACUAUAUGAGCUGGUGACCUCCAGAGACUUCUCCCGCGCUAUCUCCCUGAAGAAGAACCUGAGGAGACAGCUCCUGCCGCUAUGCCCCCUUCCGCAACAAUGGACUUGCUGUUCUCAAAGGCAUGGCCUGCAGAGGACUCCAGGUGGAAUCUACUGACUGUUUCUGAUAUUGUUACAGACUCUUAAUUGAAAUAAAGAUAAUUGGAAGUGUU